AAUAAGGCGCGAAAUCGUCUACUAAGCAUUUUAAUAAAAUAAUAUUUAUUAACAAAUUUAUAUUUUUAUAAUGAUUACUAACACUGACUCGGUAUUAUAAAUAAAAAAUAUGUAGGCCAAAACACUUUUAUUAAUAAGCAUUUGUUGUUUGUUACUUCGUUUUAAAUAUUUCUAUCCUAAGUGACUAUUCGUAUGUGAAACGUAGACACAUUUUACAAUGACUGAAAUUUUUAAUUUAAAUGGGGAUCCUUCUGGUGAGAAUUAUUUAGAAACAGACAUGAAUACCGAAAGCCGAAUAAGCAAGUCCCCUACCUUUAACUAUGACGAAGAAGUCUUUCAUGUAACAAAAAAACGUAUUCAAACAUUUUACGAUAGUGAUAGCGACUUAGACAAGGAAAAUGAGGAAGUUGACAAAAUAGUCAACACAUCAACAAAAACUACGGAACAACCUCUUAAUAAAGAAGAAAGUAUAAGCCAUCAUAAUACGAAAAGAUCGAGAAUCAAAAGUAUCCAAAACUCUGAAAGUGAUAGUGAAAAUUCUUCCGAAGAACUUGAUCAUAAUGAAAAACCUAAACAGUAUGAAUCAAUCAGAACGGAAAAUAAAAAGAAAACCCUCAAAGAUAAAUUCAAAACUUUAAUUUCCUCAAAAUCUAAAGACACAGAUAUAACGCCUCAUUUGAGUUUAAAUGACACUGAUGAUGUAAGUGAUGAUGAGUAUAGCAUUGAAAUAAAACAAAUAUUGAAAACAUCUGUUACCACAAUGAAAUCCAUCUGUGACCCUGAUACAUCUGAUGAAGAUAGUGACAGAGAAGAAAAAACAAUAAAGAAGACUCAUAAGUCCAAAAAAGUAAAAUCUACAUCACCAAAACCACUCAGGAUGACUGCAAAACAAGCCAUGGAAAAUAUGCAGAAAAUAAAGAGUGAAUCAAAUAGAAUGUUAAGAGAGAAGGAGGUGUCGUUGCCCUAUCACAGGCCAAAGGCUUUAUCUCUUAAAGAUAUUAUGAGCAGAAGAAAGCUUGCAGUUACAUCCGAUGGAAAGGCAAUGCCUAUUAAAAUGAAUGGUGAACAAUUAAAACAAUAUGCUAUGAUGUUAGAACAAAGACAAAAAGAAGUUAUAGAAUUGUGUAAAAGUGACACAGAAGAUGAGGAGAAUGAUCAAGAGAUUGAAACAGUUAAAAAUGUAGUUGAGUCUGAUUGUGAGAAUAAAAUAGAACUCACAAAUAACCUGCAGAAUAUUAUUGAUGAAAAAGAUAUAAAUAACAUUGAUAGUAAGGAAGAAAACAGCAAAGAUAAUAGCAAUCAGAUUAAUUCAUCAGUUAAUGUAAAUGUUCAAGAAAAUGUUGAUGAGAAUCAUUCUCAAAAUAAUGAUGAAAUGGAAGUAGAUGAAAUUACAGAAGUUAGACAUAGUUCAAUAGAUAAAUUGAAUACAUCAAUUGAAGAAGACAUAAAUAUGUGUGUAGGCACGACAAAUGAAAAAGAGGAUUUUCAACAAAAUGAAAUUACUACAGACAGCAUAGCUAUUGCACAAAAUGAAAGUCAAACUUUGGCUUUACAUUUUGACUCUGAAAAAGUUAAUAGUUUCGAUCCUAAAGAAUCUAAUACAGUAGAUACCAAUGAAACUGAUGGAAAUAAUAUUAGCAGCAAGAAUAAUGAUUCCUUCGAUGAUGAAUUGAAUUAUGAAGAAUUAGAUACAUUUGUUAAAAAGGCCGAAAUGUUAAAUAAUAUUAACAAAAAAGCAGAAGACAUAUUAGAUAUUAAUAUUACUAUAAAUACUACGCCAAAAUUGGAUGGUUGUCCAGGUUCCCUUAUAAAUUUGGAUGAUAGUGAUGCUUCAGAACCGCAUAGACUAAGUGGUGUAGAGAUUCUGAAGGAAAGAUUCACAUACUUCGCUAAACUCAACUCUCUGGAAGAAAAGGAAAAAGAUAGAGAAAAGAAAUACAAACCAGGAACUCAGCAUUUAAAACUAAAACAAGAGUUAGAACAGCAAAUAUCUGAACAGAGGGCAAGUGAAUGGGAGAAGCGUAUUGAAGAAGAAAAACAACUGAAAUCUGAAGCAGACGGGAAUUUGUCAGAUGAAGAUAUCGAAAAAAUGGAGGCUAAACUAGAAGCUAUUGAUGCCGAUCAUAAAUCUGAUAUUGAAAGUUCUGAAAGUGAAGAAGAACCAAUUGAAGAUGAUGUGAUUUUAGAAGACAAACCAAAGAAACGUAAUCCUAUGGUUGAUGAUGAAGCAGAAGAAUCGGAUUGUGAUGAUGUGAUUAGUGAUAAAGAAACAUCCAAUGCUGAGCUUGAAAAUAAGGAAACAGAUUGUGAUGCAGAUUUGGAAGACUGUGAUGAUGAAUCAAGUGAUAGUUCAGAAUCAGAUGAAGAAAUUGAACUUAAGCCUAAAAAAGGCCGCAUAUUGAAAGCAUUUGAAGAUUCAGAUGACGAAUCUGCUUCAAAUAAUCAGCAAUCUGCAAUAAAUUACGAGGAAAAUAAUGCUUCAUUUAAAGUAUCUCAAACUAUAGACGACAACGAAGUUAUCAAAGAGACCCAAGAUGACGAUUUGCAAUUGGCUCAAGCAAAUAAAUCAUCGGAUGACUUAUUUUCGACUCAAGAAUCCAAUAACCUAGCAUUAUCCACAUUAAAUAGAAACAAUGAAGAUAAUAUGAGUUCUGAUUUGGGCACUCAAUCAUUUUCAAUUAUGAAUUCUGUUGGGACUAAACAUCAAGCAUUGGAUCUAAAUUCGCCUGAUAAGAUCUCUGUUGUUUGUGAAUCGCAAGAGGAUGUGAAUUUGGAUCACAUUGUUGGAAUGUGCUCUGGAAGCUUUUCCCAAAAUCUCGUGAGCUUACCAAAUCCACCUCCUCUAUCACAGUCUCAAGAAAUCGGGGAUGAUAUAGUGAAUUUAUGUACCGGGAAAUUUUAUGAUAAUCCAUUUGUAUCCCAAAUUGAUAAGGAAAAUAUUGAUGAAGAAAACAAAAAAUCUGUUCCUAAUGAAAAUGAUCAAUCCCAAGAAAUUAGUGAUGAUGUAGCAGCUCUUUGUACCGGAAAAUUUUACGAUAAUCCAAUGGUAUCACAAAAUACUGGCAAUGACAAAAUGAUCAGUAAUGAAGUGACUGAAACUUCUGAACAAAGAGGAACAAAAGAAACAACCAUCUUAAAUUCAAUACUUGAUGAACUAGAUGAACCAGAAUUAGAUAUUCCUAAACAAAAUAAGUAUUUCUAUAAUAGCCAACCCAAGAAUAAAAUCAGUAUUGAUAAUAGUCAAUUGAAAAAGAAAUUCGUUAUAGACUCUGAUGAUGAAAAUAUCGAAAUGCCUGUCAAAAAAAUUAAAAAGUUGAAGAAACGAAAAGCUGAGGCGAGGGCACUUCAAAUUUCAGAUGAUGAAGAAGAUCCUGAAGAGGACCAAGAUGAUUUUGAGUCAGAAAACGAGGAAGAAGAUAGAAUUGUGGAAUAUGAUUCAGAAGAAAAUGAGGUAGAGGUCCGAGUAAAACCUCUCAAGAAGAAACGAGUUGGCGAGUUUUUUGAAAAUGAAGCAGAAUUAACUUCUGAAGAUGAAUGGGUUGGGUCGGGCGAUGAAGAUGAGAGGGGGCUGGACCGCAUGGAGCGGGAGGAAGGAGAUGACGACAAGUUCCACCAAGGCCAGCUGCAGAGGCAGCUUGGUCAGAUUCAUAUGCGUGAAGUUCUUGAUCAAGAUAAACGCGAAGUGAGAUUAUUGCAAGAAUUGCUGUUUGAAGAUGGCGAUUUAGGCGAUGGACAUCGACAGCGCAAAUUCCGAUGGAAAAAUGCAGACGGUGAAAUGGAACCCAGUGCGAAUCCUGACGAAUUUGCUGACACUCAAGAAGACGAAUUCGAGUCUGAAGAGCAAUGGAGGAAACAGAGACACGAAAGGGAAAUGUUCUUAAGAAAUAUGCAAGAAAAAGAUCAAGAAAAUCUCGAUACAAGCAUAAACAGAACAACAAUCAUUAAAGCGAACCUGAAUUCUCGAAGUAUGUCGACUUUGUUAUCUGAAACGAAGUCAAACUUGGUUGAAAAGGUGGACGCUAUUAUACCUGAGAAAAAAACGAAUAAAGAUAUUCCUAGUCCAAAGAAGUCAUUUACUAUUUUCCAGCAAAACUAUCAUGGUUCUCUAUUAACCCGUGGGCGAGGCGCGCUCGCUCGUCUCGCAGCUCUGGCCACACCACUGGCUACUGACAACGACGACGCGCCUAAAGUCAUAGCUUCCUCCAAUCGACGCAACUUUGUCUUCACAGCAGUCUCAAAUGAUGAUGAAACUAAGGUAACAAAACGAAAGGCUGAUACAGUUAAUACACCAAGAUUAAUAAAGAAAUUGAAGACUGAAGAAACAGCUAAGUAUAUUAAAAAUAGUUUAUUCGAUCACUUGAAAACUUAAAUAGCCAAAUUCAUACAACAAAACAAUAACUGUUAAUAAGUAUUUAUGUAUAAGAUAUUAGUAA